AGUCUGUAGUCAUCCUCCUCCUGGAUGAUCUGGUAUGAUGAGUUCAUCAAUGUCAAUGGACCUCACUAAUAGACGAACAUCUUUCUCUUCACGAGUCAACUAAACGAAGAAAAUGGAAUCCCAACUAUACAUGUGCUACUGCGCGUGCACGUCCUCUCCCUCUCUCACGGUUAUCUCUCUAAAAGCCAGAAAAGAUUGAGGAUAGAGUGGAAGGUAUUGAGGCUUUAGAGAGAGGAAAGCCAGGACAGAGGCAUCUCGAAGCUGCGAUGUUCGCACAUCUUCUCCUGCUGCUUCUCUCCUUCUCAUCAGCUUUCUCUCCUACUUCUGGGCAUGCACCAUAUGCUAUGCGCAUAAGCUGUGGAGCUCGUGAAAAUGUCCAUACCGCACCAACCAAUACACUUUGGUAUAAGGAUUUUGCGUACACAGGUGGUAUACCUGCUAAUGCAACAACUCCCAGUUUCAUCUCUCCUCCUCUUAAAACUCUCCGCUAUUUUCCUCUAUCGGAAGGUCCUGAAAAUUGCUACAUUAUCAAUAGGGUGCCCAAGGGGCAUUAUUCAGUGAGAGUAUUCUUUGGAUUGGUUAAUGAAUCUAGUUUUGACAGUGAACCUCUAUUUGAUGUUUCUGUAGAGGGAACUCAAAUUUAUUCUUUGAGUUCAGGUUGGAGCAACAGUGAUAACGAGCAAGUAUUUGCUGAAGCCCUUGUGUUUCUUACUGAUGGCUCUGUCUCUCUCUGCUUCCACAGCACUGGUCAUGGAGAUCCAGCAAUCCUUUCAAUUGAAAUUCUCCAGGUUGAUGAUAAAGCAUACAAUUUUGGACCACAAUUGGGUCAAGGGAUAAUCCUUAGGACAGCCAGAAGAGUGAGCUGUGGUGCUAAGCAGUCAAAAUUUGGUGUAGAUUAUAGUGGCAAUCAUUGGGGUGGUGAUAGAUUUUGGAAUUCCCUUCCUACUUUCGGUCAGAAUUCUGAUCACCCUCUCUCUGUUGAAACCAGCAUCAAGCAGGCCUCAAAAUCACCAAACUUUUAUCCAGAAGGUCUUUAUCAGAGCGCACUUGUUAGUACUGAUAAUCAGCCAGAUUUGGAAUAUACCUUGGAUGUGGAUCCCAAUAGAAACUACUCGAUUUGGUUGCACUUUGCAGAGAUUGAUCAGUCAGUCACUGGUGUAGGGCAAAGGGUAUUUGACAUCCUGAUAAAUGGUCAUAUUGCAUUUAAAGAUGUUGAUAUUGUCAAGAUGAGUGGGGAUCUUUACAGUGCUCUUGUACUGAACACAACAGUUGCUGUUGAUGGGAGGACUCUGACAAUAACCAUGCACCCUACGAAAGGCAAUCAUGCCAUUGUCAGUGCCAUUGAGGUUUUUGAGAUUCUUUUGGCUGAGUCUAAGACUUUACUCAAUGAAGUUAGGGCUUUGCAGAAAUUAAAAAGUGGAUUGGGGCUUCCUCUUCGUUUUGGGUGGAAUGGUGAUCCUUGUGUUCCUCAACAACAUCCAUGGAGUGGAGCAGAUUGUUUAUUUGACAGUAGCAGUCGCAAAUGGGUCAUUGAUGGACUUGGUCUUGACAACCAGGGCCUGAGGGGUUUCUUACCGAAUGAUAUAUCCCAAUUGCGCCAUCUACAGAGCAUAAACUUGAGUGGAAACAGAAUUCAUGGGGUUAUUCCACCGUCACUUGGAUCAAUAGCUGGCUUAGAAAUACUUGACCUAUCCUACAAUUCUUUCAAUGGAUCAAUUCCAGAAAGCCUAGGACUGUUGACAUCAUUAAGGAAGCUGAGUCUAAAUGGCAACUCUCUAUCUGGAAGAGUCCCUUCUGCACUUGGAGGACGGCUUUUGCACAGAGCUAGCUUCAAUUUCACUGAUAAUGCAGGUCUUUGUGGUAUACCGGGGCUACGUACAUGCGGUCCCCACCUCUCCGUUGGAGCGAAGAUCGGCAUUGCAUUAGGUGGAUGUGUGGCAUUGCUAGUCCUUGUUAUCUGUUCUAUUUGUUGGUGCAAAAGGCGAGAGAAUAUUCUGAGAGCUCAGAGGAUUUCAGCAGCAAGAGAAGCUCCUUACGCAAAGGCAAGGACCCAUUUUGCGCGUGAUGUGCAAAUGGGUAGGUUUCAUGGUCAUGACAAUGCUCGAACUGCGGCUGAGAAUGGACCUAGUCUGCUUUCUUGAUCAGUCAACCCCCCCACCCAGGAGUCCGACUUGGUCCAAAUUGCUCCUUCUCUGGUGACUGACUUCUGGGUGUGUUUUGGAACAUGAAGCCUCCUUUUAAUCCCGUUUGAUUUUAAGACAGCAGGUCAUCUUGAUCUCAGGUUCUGCCUUGAUACGUACCUCGUUUUCCUUCAAAAUCUGGUCCACCCUUAUCGUGGAGUCACUUCUGAAGUCCGAUACUUUCUCUCGAUGGAACAAUACUGUGCUGAUACAAAAAUCUUGUAUAUUACUCCCAUUCUUUUUCUUUUCGUUUCUAAUUGGCCAAAAGUGUUUAACGAGUGCUAAAGAACUAAUACAUAGAAAUCUAAUCAGUUUUUUUAGUUCAA